AUGAGUCAAUUACUAACAUACUAUAUUAAGGACGAAUUUUAUGUAUACCCUAUUGGUGGUACUGAUGUUAUUAGAAAAAAAAUUAAUAGUUGGGUCAAUCUUUAUAGUUUAUUCCCUUUGAUUGAUGUAAAAGAUGAAUAUUUAGUUGAAAAAGUUGAAGAUUAUCCAACUACACAUGCUAAGACACAGAAAACUACACCACCUAGAUUUUAUGGGGUUUAUGCUCCAUUAGAAACAGCUAGAGCUUUUGCUGAAUUCUAUGGGAUUUCUGAUAUGGUUGCGCCAAUUUUAUCAUUCAAUAGAGUCGCGCUUGUUACUUAUAUGGGAUCAUUAUUUUAUGAGUAUUUUGCAGCUUCUCAUUAUGAUUCACAUAUCAGGAUAUUAAGAGAAUGUAAUGAAAAUGAAAGUGAAAGAAUAAAUAUGGAUCAAGUGUUUGUUGCUUAUAGAAAACAUAAGGAAAAAGAUGCAAUUCCUGAAUUAGAAAGAUCAUUCCAUACUUAUUUUGACGAUAUUUUGAAAAAAGGUGAUGCUACACUAUGUGGUGGUUCUUGGGUUAAAAAGGAUGUUGUAAAGAAAUUCACAAAGAAACAUGGGUUCUUUAAUCUUUUAUCGCCAAUUAUUGAUUUUGAAGGUAAUGAUCCAAGUACUGGUAGUGAAUAUGCUGUUGAUAUAAUACAAAGAGAAUUAAGUUCAUAUUGGAAAGUUACAAGUUCAGAUGAUUCAUUUUAUGGAUUCCCAUUGUCUUUUAAAGGUGGUAAUGCACCUAAUAGACCAAAGAAUAAUUCUAGAAAUUUCCCAUUUUCUCAAUUAUGUGCUGAAAAGAGAUUAAAUGUUGAAACAACAAAAGAAAACCAAUCACAUAAAAGAGCAUUGACUCUUUUAAGAAGAUUAUCUGAUGGGUUUGUUAAUGUUAGCUACUUAGUUUCGAUUUGUGUUUUGUUGAAAUUGAAUGAUUUGAAUCUUGGUAAAGAAGAUCCAGAUUUAUUAAUUGCAAAUGAACUUUAUCAAAGAGAUCAAUUAGAAAAAUUACCUUGCGAAAAAGUUGUAACUUCAGCUUCUAAAUAUGCAAAUGGAUAUUGGUGUUCUAUAACAGUUGCAAGAAAUUUAUUUGGAACUUUCCAUAUUAAGAAGGAAAAUAAUGAACGUCGUAAAGUUUAUGAAUUUUUAUAUUCACCAGAUUUUCAAAGAAUUGAAAAAGAUACAGAUGGAACUUUACUUUCAGCUAAAUCAAAAGUUGAAGAAGAUUCUGAUGAUGAUAUGGCACCAAUAAAUGAAAAUGAUUUCCGUGAAAUGCAAAAUAAUGAAAAAGAACCAAUUUAUUACGAUCAAACAUUUUUUGAAGAUAAUGCACCAGAAACACCAGAAGAUAUUAUUGCACCAGCUAAUUUUAAUGACUAUAUUGAUGGUCAAAAGGAUGAAUCACAAGGGGAAGAAGAUGAUGUUAUAUUCCAAGGUGAUCAUACAAUACAACAAGAUGGUGAUGAAGAAGAUGAUGAUGCUGAUUUACCAACCUCUAGGAAAAGAAGAAGACAUCAUCCGAAUAAUACAGCUUUUGAUUCAAGUGAUGAUGAAAAUUCAAGUUCAAGUGGUAAAAGACAAAAAUCAUCAGGUAUGUUUGUCGAUGAAGAAGAAGAAGAACUUGAACAACUUCAUAAUCCAACAAAUGAGGAAGAACAAGGUGACGAUGAUAGUUUAUUUGGGAAUUCACAACCAAGUACUGGUCAGCCUGAAGAGACUUCAAAUGAAAAAGAACAAGUUCCACCAAUUGACCAAAGAUUAAGUAAUUUAGAAAGAGAAGAACGUAUUGAAGAAACUUCAAAAGAAUUGAAAGAUCUUGCUUUCAAAAUAAAUCAAGUUUUAGGUAGGAAAGAUUUGAAUUCAAAAAGAUCAGGAUUAGAAUUGAAAGGCCAUCUUGAAUUGUUGAAUAAAUUUAGAGCUAUUGAUGAUAGAAUGUUGACCACCACAAACAUUAAACAAGCUUUAAACAGAGCUAAAGCUAUUGCUAAUGCUUUUGCCAGACAGGUUGACUCUGCUUUAAAAAGAUGGAAUCAAGAAGUUGCUGAUGGUCAAUUACCUGGUAAACCUGGUGAUCCUCCUAAAAGAGAAAAUGUCAAUAAUUAUGAUAGAAUACGUCCAAGUAAAGUUCCACCACCACCACCAACUCAACCAUAUGGAAGAAGACCAUUUGCAAAUGAAGCACCACCAAUCCCACAACCUACACGUCAAGGACCACCACCACAAGCUUAUCCAUAUGGGAACCCACCACAACCACGUCAACCUCAACCCAAUGGUCCACCUCAAAGAUUUGGUAAUAGACCACCAGUUCCACGUCCAGGUGGUUAUAACUAUGGUACAACAGCACCACCACCUCCAAAUUCAUAUCCAAGAGGUGGUCCAAUUCCACCAAAUCCAAAUACUAGAGCUUAUCCAAAUCAAUAUAAUGCACAACAGGGUGCCCCUCCACCACCUCAACCUCAACCUCAACCAAGAUUUGCAAAUCAACCACAACCACCUCCAGGUUCAGUUCCAGGUCAACCAAUACAUCCAGGUCAUUCAAGACCAAUACCACCUCCAAACUAUGGUGGAGCAAAUAUACCACCACCUCAACCAAAUCAACCAAAUUUCCGUGGUUCACCACCAAUGAGAAAUCCAAUACCUCAACGUCAUCAACCAGCACCUCGUGUAUCACCAAACUUGUUAAGACCUCAACCAAGUCAACCAAUUUUCAUUCCACCUGCAUCAGUUAGCUCUGGAACACCACCAAUUCCACCUCCACAACCAAUUCCAAUGGGUUCACCACAUCAUCAACAAACUUCUGGAAUUCCACCUCCAAAUCCUGGAGUACCACCACCAGCAGCAUCACAACAACAACAAUCAAAUAGACAAAAUACAAGUGGUGGAGCAUCACCAAAUUUAUCAUUUUUACCACAAGUUAAACAUAAUACACCAACAGGACCACCACCAGUUGGACCAAGCUCAUCAACACCAACUUCAGAUCAUUAUCAACCAGGACCAGGACCAAAUUCUACAAUUCCAAAUCCACAAAGUAGAUAUAGAGAAAGACCACCAGUUCAUGGACAAACUUAUAUUGCACCACCUGGACAACGUCCAGUACCUUCAAGUUUUAGUAAUGGUUAUAAACGUACGGGGCCUUCAACUUCAGCAUCACCAAAAAAUAAACAAAAAGAUGCAUCUAAUACCAUACUGAAAGAUAUUCAACGUCCAUUAUCACCACCAAGUAAUUAUUUGAAUUUACCAAAUGAACCACUGGAUAUAAUUGAUAUUGCAUUACAAGAUUAUAAAGAUAUGGUUAAUGAAGCUAAAUCUAAGACUGAAGAAGAAGAAUUAUCAAGAUUAGAUGAAUUUAAUGAAUUGAAGAAAUUAACACAUUUUGAAACAAGAACAAAACAAGAUUUGUUUAAACGUGCUAAAGCAUUUUAUGAAAAUGAAAAAAGAAGAGUUGGUUUUACCAAAAGAUUACAUGCAAUGAUGAGUGAAGCUUAUACAAGAAGACAAAAACUUAAAUCUAAAUCAAAAGCAUGA